GGGCCAAAUUUCCCGCCCAAUCUGGCAACCCUGGCUGCAGAUUUACGCAGAGCUCCGGCUUUUAGGGGAAGGGCUUGUUUAACAGACGCUAACCGAUCUGGGACCGCCGGGAGAUCUCCUGUCAAGUUCAACAUGUAUGUGCAAUUAAAAUGUGUGGCUUUGUGAUUUUUACUUAAUCUCCUGACCAGGGGGCCUAUCCGAGGCUGGGCUUCGGCAUGAUCAGAAGCGAUGAUUCCCAAUCAUACGAGGAGCUCAACGGUGAUGGAUCGGACAAGCAGCCCGAUUUCCACCAAAGCAUCUUUGAUGACCCUGACGUCGAGGAACCCAAUGGCAGAAGCGUGGCACCGGACGAGGACCUCCCGGAGAGUGGCCCGUCCCUGCGGUUCAGCAAGGCGUGCCUGAAGAGCGUGUUCACGGUGUUCCUGAUCUUCGUCUACCUGCUGCUGACCACGGUGGCCGUGUUCCUGGCCUACCAGACCAUCACCGACUUCCUGGAGAAGCUCAACCACCCCGUCAUGUCCGUCAUCUACAAGGAGGUGGACUUCUUCCCCCCCCCUGGCAUCGCUCUGUACCUGGGUAAAGCCCAGCUACUGAGCUGCAAACACUACAACCACAACUACAUCCCCCCGCUAGUGGCUCCAGGAACCCCGGAGGUGGGGGACUGCACCAAGGAGCAGGUGUCCUACGUGGGCCCCUUCACCAACCAAACCCAGAAGCAAGCGCUGGUGGUGCAGGGGCCGUCGGACGUUCGGAACAAAGAGGUGAUCUUCAUGCAGUUCAGCCUGACGGACGCCGACGAGGACUUCAGCGCCAUCACCUACAUGCUGUUCGCCAAGUUCGGGGACCUGGCUCUGAGCCCGGAUAAGCCGGCCUUCAUGAUGGACUGUGAGAAGAACUACUCCAUGUGGACCUUCUCGGGGGGGUUCCGGACCUGGGUGAAGAUGUCUCUGGUGAUGACCUCGGGGAAGAAGGACGACGCGGUGGAGUUCCGCCAGGAGUCGGGGGUGGUAAAGUACAACGACCGGCGCACCAACAUCACCGACGAGCUCUUCUUCGUGGUGUUCGAGUGGCGGGACCCCUUCAUUCAGGAGAUCAAACUGAUCGUGACGGCCAACCCGUGGAACUCGGUGGCCAUCUUGUGCGGCGUGUUCAUGGCGCUGUUCAAGGCGGCUAACUUUGCCAAGCUGAGCGUCUCCUGGAUGAUCCGCAUGAGGAAGAGGCACCUGAGGAACCGGGCCCGGGAGCUCGACAGUGUGACCUGAGGGCCGCCUGCAACACUAGUGAAUGAAUGCUCCUGAUUCUGAUGCUCACUUUGACACAAUGCAUCCAAACCGUAUCCCAUGUCGGGGGGCGCUAAAGGCUUUAGCCUUUAUCCCCUUGCAUUAGCAUUAGCCUUUACCUAAAGGCUAAAGGUAUUAGCAUUUAGCGCGAUGCUUUCACAAAUUGAUCUGGGAUUUUGGACAUACGUUGCAGGACCAAGUUUUGCUGCUGAACAGGGAGGUUGUUGACGUAGAAGUAAUCGAUACAGAACUAAUUGAUUAGGACCUUAUUGAUAGGUAACAUGCUAACAUGCGUUAAGUUCCUUAAGGGAUAUAUGGGACAUAUUACAUGAGUGCAACCAAACUCACUACAUUGGGUCACAUUUUCACUGUUUUCUCAUUCUGUAGAUAUUUCACGGGUCUGAAGAGAACGGACAUAGAAGAAGGAACUGACAUUUUACUAGAUACAUACAAAUGCAGACGCAAGCAUUUUAAGAUGUACAAAUUGACCAGUUAUCAGUUUAGUCUAUGUGAUUUUAAAGGGCAAUUCCAACUAAGGGAACAAUACUGAUUUCCGUUGACUUUUCCGCUGACUGCGGCAUUAAUGUAGGAAAAAGGAUGUUGUGCUUUUCUUUUUUGAAGUUGUGGCUGAUUUUGAAUGUGCACCAUAGCUUGUUUUUCUGAGCUAAUUAGUGUUCACGUAACACUUUUCCAUUCCUUCUAUACUCAUGCUCUGAUUUGUUUAUAGUCAAUGUAUUCUUUUAGUUGAAUACUGAAAGUUUCCAGUAAUUAUUGUCCACUUCAUGUUACAGCGUGUGAAAUGUUUAAAUCAGUGAUUCUCAAUCAACUGGAAUGUACUUGAAUGGCCAUAAACCAUGUUAUAUUUUAAAUGUUUGAUUAUGUCAUAGAUAUAUAUAUAGAUUUUUACAAUGAUACAUAGAAUUGGAGGCACAAAAUAUACCAUAUUGGUGAAAGAAAUAAAAAAAUAUAUAUAGCUG